CUCAUUGAUGGACCCUCAUAAAAAGCAGAGUCCAUUAGAACAGACACACACACACACAAAGAGACAAUAACCCCAGCCCUACUGGGCUGGACGACACUUUCACACUUGACAGGGCACAAUCAACCUGAUCAGACGGGAAAGAGUUGCUAUUUUGUGUUUCAUGAUCUGUUAAGUUUUCUCACAAGCAGAAUGCACAGAUCUGGACUGCUCCUGCUGUCGCUGUGCGCCGGCUCUCUGGUGACCCAUAGCGGCGCGUUUGGGAAUCGACGGCUGUGCGGGAUUCAGCUCGUGGAAGCGCUGCUGCUCGUCUGUGGCGAAAAGGGCCUCUUCUACCAGCCUGGCAGGCGUGUCAGAGAGAACGCUUUCCGCGUCAUGAUGAGGAACAGCGCCCCCUUCCUGCGGCAGAGUGGAGAGAGAGGCACUGCCAGAAAUACUGUAGAAAAGAGAGGCAUCGUAGAGCAGUGCUGCCAUUUCUACUGUGACUAUUACGAUCUGGAGAAUUACUGCAACACAUAGAGAAUAGAGUAAUAACUUGCAUUAUUUAAGUACUGCAGCUCUGGUAUAUGGCACGCUUAUUUGGAUGAUAAUUAUGAACAGCGGUAAAUUUAAGAUCACUUGAAAUGUAACACAAUGAGCAUG